UGUGUGUAUCAGCAGUCAUCACCAGUCUUCUUGCUUUCGAGAACAACAGCAUACUUUUGUGUUUAUGUUUAGGAAUGCGUAUCACUUACUUCGCUUAUUAUGAUUUCCUGAUUGAGUGACCCGGAUAAUGACGCAGUUAGUAAUGGGUUAAGCUAUGUUUUUUAACUAGUGGGUCCUGAAUAGACGUAACACAGGAAUGGGCGAUCUGAACAAUCAUUCUGCUUCUCCUGGGGGAAACAUGCAUGGUACACACGAGAUUAACGAUCCCAAGCAUCCCCGUAUUAUGACGUUUCGGCCAACGAUGGAGGAAUUUCAAGAUUUUCUAGGAUAUGUCCAUUAUAUGGAGUCCUGCGGUGCCCAUCUUGGAGGCAUCGCUAAGAUCAUUCCGCCAAAGGAAUGGAAACCUCGCAAAGGUGGGUAUGGCGAUCUGGACAGCAAGCUGAUCUACGGACCAAUUCGUCAGUGUGUGAAACAAACGUCGACUCGCGGAGCGUACGAAGUCAGAAACACCGAGCGCCCGUCAAUGACGGUGGGCGAGCUGCGGAAACACGCGUUAGAGAAGAAUCUGGUGUAUGCCUUUGCCGAAGAGAUGGACGACAUCGAACGGAAUUUCUGGAAACAGCUUACCAUAAAUCCCCCUGUUUAUGGCGCUGAUACGUCUGGAUCUCUGUUUGAUGAGGACGUCGAUCAAUGGAACAUCAGUCGUUUGCCAUCGAUAUUAGACACCAUUAACGAAGAGUACGGGAUCGCGAUUCAAGGCGUAAAUACGCCGUACCUUUAUUAUGGGAUGUGGCGAGCCUUCUUCGGUUGGCACACGGAGGAUUUGGACCUCUAUUCGAUUAAUUACAUUCAUGAUGGAGCAGCAAAGUUUUGGUACAGUAUUAGCCCUCAGAACGGUCGGCGUUUUGAAAGAUUGGCCGCAGCGUUGUUUCCGGACCAACACAAGAAGUGUCACGCGUUUUUGCGUCACAAAUCCUCUAUGAUCUCCCAUACGAUUCUAAAAUCCAGCGGUGUGCCUUUUAAUAAGAUUAUGCAACAUGAAGGAGAGAUUAUUAUUACGUUUCCUUUCGGUUAUCAUGCCGGUUUUAAUUGUGGACUGAAUGUGGCGGAAUCUACAAACUUUGCUACCGAACGAUGGAUUGAAUAUGGGAAAUAUGCGUCCAUUUGUUCUUGCCAGGAAGACAAUGUAAAAAUCGACAUGACGAUUUUCGUGAGAAAAUAUCAACCGGAUCGCCUUUCCGCCUGGGAGGACGGAACAGAACGUGGACGGCACCCGGAAGACGACCGACCGAAUUUUAAGGGACCACCAACCAGUGGACCAUGUGCUCAAAUGUUCGCUGACUUCAAGAAGAAGCGAAUGCAAGCUAGGACGCCUCGUAAAAAUUCUGGGACAGUUCUGGAGAAUUCUGAUGGCGCGAAGACUUGUAUUAAGCGCACACAGUUGGAUUCCUCUGAUUCCUCCAGGACGGAAUUGGAUACUCAUUUCGGGAAGAAAAAGAUGAAAGUAACUGGAAGAAUGCGGGGUUUAACGGAGCCGGAGGAAAUCGGCAGCGUCUGUGAUAUGCCUGGUCCCUUGCCCAGUCCUCCGCGACGAAUGGGCGGCCUGAUGGAAUCUCCUACCAAGCUGGAUCACAAUUAUUUCGGCUCCUAUUCCGAUGUAUCGGAGGAAGGGGAUUCCGAUACCGAUGCCAGUGUCUCAGAGUCGGCACCCUCGUCCCGACCAACUCCCGUGUUGCCGCCGCCGCCUCGGUUAAUAUCCAGUGCGGGACGAGACGAGAUACCCAUUUUCAAGAAUGUGAAGGGCGAAAGCCAUGAUACCGGAGACCCUCUGGAUCUGACACUGCCGAAACGGACAGUCGGUGUCACACCGAACCGGUUGACCGCCGUUGUUAGGUUGUCCACUAAGAUUGUCGACCGGUCAGCGAAAUGUAGUAACUGGGAUAAAUUUCCUGCGACGGACUAGGAAUCCCGAAGUGUAGCUUCUUCGUCGGGUAGCCGAAGCACGGGUCACGGGAGCCCGCAACCAAAUGUUCUGGAUGUUUCCCCGGCUAAACUUAUUUCGUCGCACCGGUAAAUGUGUUUGUUGUGUUUACUUGAUUGUAUGUAUGCUGUGCGCACUUGCAAUUUCUGCUUUAUGGUUUUAAAAAUUUUCCGGUAUCCAUAUGGUUGUUUUGAAAUGCCAAUGACUUUAGUUGCAGCUACAUAGUAUAGUCAUCUGUUUUCCAUGUUUUAUAUCGAUGGUUUUUCUUUAAUGGAACUCUUUUGUCGGGGUUCGUUAUGCUGGUCCCCUUUUAUUGUUUUUGUGGUUGAUCUAUGAACACAUUAAUACGACUAUUCGAAAGUUUCAUGAAACUGCCG